AGGGGACCAUUUUCAAUUGUUAGACGUUGUAUACAUAGAGAAUCAAAUGUACAAUUUGCUGUAAAAAUAGUCGAUGUAGCAAAAUUUACUUCUAGUCCUGGUUUAAGUACGGCAGAUCUUAAAAGAGAAGCAACAAUAUGCCAUAUGUUAAAACAUCCACAUAUAGUUGAACUUUUGGAAACAUAUAGUUCCGAAGGCAUGCUUUAUAUGGUAUUUGAAUUUAUGGAAGGAUCAGAUUUAUGUUUUGAAGUUGUACGCAGAGCAGUAGCUGGAUUUGUAUAUAGUGAAGCGGUUGCAUGUCAUUACAUGCGGCAAAUAUUAGAAGCAUUAAGAUAUUGUCAUGAAAAUGAUAUUUUACAUCGUGAUGUUCGACCAGCGUGCGCUCUCUUAGCAACAGCAGAUAAUUCAGCGCCAGUUAAACUUGGUGGAUUCGGAUCAGCUAUACAAUUACCGGGUGGCCGUGAAUCAAUUGAAACUAAUGACAGGUCCGAUGAUAAGUCUAUGAAUUUGACACCACUUGGAAAACUUUAUUUAAAAUCCGACAAUCAUGGACGUGUUGGUUGUCCUCAUUAUAUGUCACCAGAAGUAGUUUCUAGACGACUUUAUGCUAAAGCAUGUGAUGUAUGGGGUGCUGGUGUUAUGUUACAUGUAUUAUUAUCAGGACGUUUGCCUUUUCUUGGUUCUGGAAAAAGAUUACAAGAUUCGAUAGUGAGAGGGAGACUAGCGCUUGAUGCACCCGAAUGGAAACCAAUUUCAACUUCGGCCAAAGAUUUAGUAUCAAAAAUGUUAUCAACUAGCCCUAGUCAUAGAUUGACGAUAUCAGAAGUAUUAGAUCAUCCAUGGAUGAGGGAUAGAGACAAAUUACAAAGAAUACAUUUAGCUGAAACGGUGGAAGAAUUAAAACGAUAUAAUGCUAGAAGAAAAUUGAAAGGUGCUGUACAAGCUGUUGCGGGAGGUGUCGCUUUAGAUCCAUUAUAUGGUACAGAUACUGAUACAAUGCCAAUAGGAACUGCAUCAGAAAGUUUAAAUGAAUGGGCUGAUGAAGAAGCUGGUCUUGAAGCCGUACAAAAAGUUUUAGAUUCAUUGGAUGAUAUAUAUGCUUUGCAAGAUGCCUUUAUUGAUCCAGAAGUUUUACGUGAUAUGUUACGAGAUACAAAAUUACAUCAACUACUACAGUUAUUCGAUCGUAUUAGUUGUACAGUAAUGUCACCAGCUAGAGCACCACCGGGUGAUGCUGUUUCAAGAUGUCGUGAUGCAAUUGAUGCUGUUUCAUCUUCUUCUGGUCAUAAAUUUGCUAGGGAUAAAGGAGAAUUAAUUCAAUUAUUAUCUCUGCCACAUUUACAGGUAAGUUUGUGUGAUUUCAAAUUUUAAUUUUCUUCAGACAGAACAACUGUUCUAUGAUUUUGUGAGAAAAUGUCAAGUAACAAUUUACUCGUAUAAAUGUAUGUAUGCAUUUGAAAAAAAAAUAUUAUCAUCAGAAGCAUAAGUAUGUAAGGAACCUUAAUUUUGUUAUACAUUUACAACGUAUGUUGCAGUAAGUUGAUUUUC